AUGCAAAGUGCCGGCAGUGUGGAGGAACCAAGUACAGCAGUACCUUUGUUAGACGAUUCAUCUUCAACAUCAAAACACGAAGAAGAUGAUCAUCUAGAUAAGAAGCUUUCACAGAAAGUGUGGAUUGAAUCGAAGAAGCUAUGGCAUGUCGUUGGCCCCGCCAUCUUCAACCGUGUCGCAACCUACUCCAUGUUAGUCAUCACCCAAGCCUUCGCCGGCCACCUCGGUGACCUCGAGCUCGCCGCCAUGUCCGUUGCCAGUAAUAUCGUUUUGGGGUUCAACCUUGGCCUCUUGCUGGGAAUGGCAAGUGCCUUGGAAACACUAUGUGGGCAAGCUUAUGGGGCCAAGCAGUACCACAUGUUGGGUGUAUACCUUCAACGUUCAUGGAUAGUUCUCUUCCUCUGCUGCAUAUUGCUUUUACCACUCUACAUAUUUGCUACUCCGAUUCUAAAGCUUUUGGGACAGCCAACGGACAUGGCGGAGCUAUCUGGGUUUGUGUCUUUAUGCUUCAUUCCUCUUCACUUCUGCUUUGCUAUUCAGUUUCCUCUGCAGAGGUUCUUGCAGAGCCAGCUGAAGACGGCGGUGAUAGCAUGGGUGUCGGUGGGGGCGCUAGUGGUGCAUGUGGUGGUGAGCUGGUUGUUCGUGUAUGGAUUUGAGCUUGGACUGGUGGGAGCUGCUCUUACUAUAACUUUCUCGUGGUGGAUAAUAACGGUUGCAUUGUUUUGUUACACUGUGUUUGGUGGGUGUCCUCUUACUUGGGCUGGCUUCUCAAUGGAAGCAUUUUCUGGGCUAUGGGAGUUUGUUAAACUCUCUGCUUCUUCUGGAGUCAUGCUUUGUUUGGAGAAUUGGUAUUACAGAAUCUUGAUAGUGAUGACUGGAAACUUGCAGAAUGCAGAAAUCGCGGUGGAUGCUUUGUCCAUAUGCAUGAAUAUCAAUGGGUGGGAGAUGAUGAUACCACUUGCCUUCUUUGCUGGAACUGGAGUAAGGGUUGCAAAUGAGUUGGGUGCAGGCAACGGAAAAGGGGCCAAGUUUGCAACCAUAGUGUCAGUGAUAACAUCUAUAGUGAUUGGUCUCUUCUUCUGGUUGCUGAUUAUGAUCUUCCACAAUGAACUUGCCCUAAUAUUCUCAUCCAGCAAACCUGUCCUAGAAGCAGUAAACAACCUUUCCAUUCUCUUAGCCUUCACCAUUCUCCUCAAUAGUGUUCAACCAGUUCUUUCUGGGGUAGCUGUUGGAUCUGGAUGGCAAGUGUAUGUGGCAUAUAUAAAUGUAGGUUGCUAUUAUUUGAUCGGUGUUCCUCUUGGAGUCGUAAUGGGAUGGGUUUUCGACCAAGGAGUUAAGGGUAUUUGGGCUGGCAUGAUAUUCGGUGGAACUGCGCUCCAAACUUUAGUACUAAUGAUCAUUACCAUUCGAUGCGACUGGGAAAAAGAGGCGGAGAAAGCAAGCAUGCAUGUAAACAAGUGGUCAGAGAGAAACGGAUAG